AUGAAUGAAAGAACUUUGGGAGGCGCCAUGUCAACAAUCCAAUUUGGCGGGACAAUGACGACGACACUUUCACAAACAAAGAAUAUGGAUUUCUCCAACGACUCACCUCGUAGAAGAAGGAACCGACAUAAUGUGAUUCUGUUCCCAAACCACCGUGACCGUCUGGCGUGCGAUCCGUUGAAUUUCUUUUGUGUGUAUGCAACUUACGAGUACAGGUGGAGCGACACCACUUUGGAGGCGGAAAGAAACAUCUUUGCACUUGUUGACUCCAUGGUGGCUGCCGUCCGCAAGGCGUUUGACGAUGCUUUAGAACGCUGGAAAAAGAUGCCGGCUUUUGUGCAGCAUGCACAUACGCUCCGUUCUGCUAUUUCAUUUUCAUCAGCGCUCUCUACGAACACAUUAUUGCAUUUAUACUCCCAUGCGGAUAAUGUAGCACGCCAUACAACCUUGCGUAAAACUCUGGGGUCUAUGCUACCCUCGCUUCCGGCUGCCAAUCCACGUCAGGAAAUGAACAUUUGUUCCGCUAGCAGUGCCGGGAGAAGUAUUUUUUCCAAAGGGGCGCUACCACGUGCUUCGCAUCGUGAGCGACGUGAGGAGGAGGAGGAAGCCGUUAUGAAGAAUCUGGCGAAGCAGUGGAUUCCACCUCACAAUGGCCCAAAAUGCCGUCUUGUGCUAGACAUUGUUGCAUCACGGAAAACCCUUGGUGAUGAUCCAAUCAUCAGUGAUCCGUAUCGAUUGGGACAGAAGGUCUUUAGUUUCACAAGGAGAAAUUACCUACGGGAGGUUAUAAACACCUUUGUGGGUAUCAGCGACAGUGGGGUGACGCUUGUUGGCAGGGAUAUUCUCUACCCGUUUCGCAGCACUGGCGGAGGGAGCCUAAAGCCCAGUGUAAGGAUGAACUCUCUCACUGGAAAUCGGCGCAAUUUAUCAGGCAGUGCCAUUUCAGGAUUACCGAUUGACUCCGGGGAUAUUUUGGGGGUGGCGGCAUCGGGUGGUGGUGUGGCGGCGAAGGUGUCAGGGGUUGAGCAGAUUUUGGCAAACACCAUUCCCGUCCCGCGGAUGGUGCCGGUGCCGCCUACAAACACCGAAAAAGUGGACAACAUAAGACUAUUGGUGUGUUUUCCACCUAAUGAUAUCUCUAGCAGUGUGGCGUAA